AUGCUACUCGGUGACUGUCCUGGUGCUCUCAUUUUAGAAGAUGGUUCUGUAUUUAGUGGUGUCUUGUACGGUGCUAAGACUCCUCAGUCUGGAGAAGUGGUUUUUCAAACGGGAAUGGUGGGUUAUGUAGAAUCAUUGACUGACCCAUCAUACCAUUCCCAGUUACUGCUACUUACAUAUCCAUCUAUCGGUAAUUAUGGUGUUCCGUCAAUGAAUGACGUUGAUGAGUUCGGUUUGCCUCGAUGGUUUGAAUCAAGCCAAAUCUUUGCUAAAGCGCUAAUUGUUUCUGAGUUGUGCGAAGAGUUUUCUCACUUCUCCGCAGUCAAGUCACUUAGCCAUUGGCUAUCUGAAAACGGUGUUACUUGCAUAAGUGGGAUCGAUACGCGAUCAUUAACCCUAAAGCUCAGACAACAUGGUACACUUUUGGGAAAAGUCAUUCCCCUUUCACUUCAUCCAGAACAAGUCGAUUGGUUUGACCCCUCUCAAAAUAAUCUGGUUUCGGAAGUAAGCAGAAGUGAUGUUAAGGUUUUCAACCCUCAUGGAGAUGUCCAUAUCGCUGCUCUAGAUUGUGGGAUCAAGUUUAAUCAAAUACGUUGUUUCGUUAAAAGGGGUGCAAAGGUGACGGUUUUACCCUGGUCAAGUGAUUUGACUAAAACAUACUCAAAUUAUGACGCACUAUUUAUUAGUAAUGGUCCUGGAGACCCUAUUCAAUGCAAGGCUGUUAUUGACCAAAUUCAAGGAUGGAUGACUACAGGAAAACCUUUAUUUGGCAUUUGCUUAGGUCAUCAGUUGGUUGCUCUAGCCUCUGGUUUCAAAACGUAUAAAAUGAAGUAUGGAAAUAGAGGUCACAAUCAACCUUGCGUGCACUUACCUACGGGACGUUGUUUUAUAACCAGCCAGAAUCAUGGAUAUGCAGUCGACACUAAAAACGUUCCAGAUGGCUGGUAUGAAUUAUUUCAAAAUAAAAAUGACCAGUCUAAUGAAGGUCUUGCUCAUCACAUUCAUCCCUGGAUGACGGUCCAGUUUCAUCCUGAACAUAUGGCUGGACCGAAUGACCUGGAGUUCCUGUUCGAUGUUUUUCUAAGUUAUAUUCGAUCAUCUGAUGGACAGAGUCUAAGUGAUCGUCUAACAACACACAUUUCCUACAAGCAGGAAGAAUUCGAAAGAGUGCUUUGUAGCAAAGACAAUAAACCAAGGAAGGUUUUGCUCCUAGGUUCUGGCGGAUUAUCAAUAGGUCAAGCGGGCGAAUUCGAUUACUCAGGUAGUCAGGCCCUCAAGGCUCUUCGUGAAGAAGGUGUUCAAACGUUACUGAUUAAUCCAAAUAUCGCAACAGUACAGACGACUGAAGGAAUGGCUGAUAAGAUAUUUCUCCUUCCAAUCGCCCCAGACUCUGUUGCCCGCGUUAUAAAAGCUGAGCGCCCAGACGGUCUUUUGGUAGCUUUCGGUGGCCAAACUAGCCUGACAUGUGGUCUCGCUUUGACAAAAGUUAAAUCAAGUUCUUUAAUUCCAGAUCUCAAAGACGAAAAUUCAAAAGCAUCAAACGUGUUAGAUUUAUACAAUUGUCGAAUUUUGGGUACUUCCAUUUCUGCUGUUGAAAUAACUGAAGAUAGAGAACUGUUUGCAACAGCUAUGCGAUCUAUAGGAGAAAAAGUUGCUCCAGCAAAUGCAGCCACCUCCGUACAGGAUGCAGUCAAAGUUGCAAACGAUCUUGGUUAUCCUGUACUUGUACGUGCUGCCUUCGCACUUGGGGGGAUGGGGUCAGGAUUCGCUGAAAAUUCAAUUGAACUAGAACGACUGGCUAGUAAAGCUUUGGCACAGACGACUCAAAUUUUCAUUGACAAAUCUUUAAAGGGAUGGAAGGAAGUUGAGUAUGAGGUUAUACGUGAUGCCUAUGACAACUGUAUUACAGUUUGUAAUAUGGAGAAUGUUGAUCCUGUAGGUAUCCACACAGGGGAAUCUAUUGUUGUAUCACCGAGUCAAACACUCUCAAAUGUAGAGUAUUAUAUGUUAAGAUCCGUUGCAAUUAAAGUUGCGCGUCACCUGCGGAUUGUUGGUGAAUGCAAUAUCCAGUUCGCGUUAGAUCCACAUUCUUUAAACUACUAUAUCAUUGAAGUAAAUGCCCGACUUUCCAGGAGCUCUGCACUUGCUAGUAAAGCUACUGGUUAUCCUAUAGCCUAUAUAGCUGCUAAACUUAGCUUGGGCAUGAGUCUCCCAGAACUUACAAACAGUGUCACUGGCGGUCUCACAACAGCAUGUUUCGAACCUAGUUUAGAUUACUGUGUUGUGAAAGUUCCGCGCUGGGAUUUGGAAAAGUUUUCCAGGGUGAGUCGGAAAAUUGGCAGCUCCAUGAAAAGUGUUGGUGAAGUAAUGGCAAUAGCUCGCUGCUUUGAAGAAGCUUUACAAAAAGCCCUUAGAAUGACAAACGAAAGUGUCUCUGGAUUUGAUGGCUUACCUGAAGUUCCUGAUGAAGAGGAUUUAUCUGAUCCUACAGAUCAACGAGUCUACAAAUUAGCUGCAGCACUACGAUCUGGUUGGUCAGUUGAACGUCUUCACACACUUACGUCCAUUGAUCCAUGGUUUUUAUAUCGUAUGCGCUCCAUUGUUGAUUGCGCAAAAGAGUUGAAAUCGCUACACGAGGGCGCUUUCGCAAACGCUAUAAAGUUAUUAGAGUGUAUACAAACAACCGUCCCAGACAGCAACUCUUUUUACACUCUAGUCCGACAUACUGAGAAAGUGAUGACUGCCAAAAGGCUUGGUUUCAGUGAUGUUCAGUUAGCUUGUGCUUUACAUUCAACUGCAGUUAUGGUUCGCUGGUUUCGCAGACAUCUUAACUUAAACCCAGUCAUUCGUUUAGUCGACACUGUUGCUGGAGAAUGGCCUGCAGCUACGAAUUAUCUUUACACAACUUAUGCAGAUAUCCCACUAGGCAAUAUUCACCGUUUACUGAAAUCUUUUCACGACUGUCAAACAGAAACUUUUGUAUCACAAGAAAUGAUAGAUCUGUUAUUAAAGUGCAUGAAUGUGGCUAAAGUUCAUGAUGUUUCACCUGAGCAAAAAUCAAGCAUUAUGGUUCUUGGCUCUGGAGUUUAUCGUAUUGGCUCUAGUGUAGAAUUCGACUGGUGUGCUGUUGGUUGUGUCAAAGAACUUCGACGCUUAGGAUGGAAAACAACUAUCAUCAACUGUAAUCCUGAAACUGUAUCAACUGAUUUCGAUAUGUGUGACAGACUCUAUUUCGAUGAACUAUCUCUUGAACGCGUUCUAGAUAUAUACGAAUUCGAAUCACCCAUCGGUGUUAUCGUAAGCAUGGGUGGCCAAACACCGAAUAAUAUCGCUAUGCCAAUGCAUCGUUUAGGUGUUCCCAUUUUCGGUACAAGUGCUGAGUCUAUUGAUAAUGCUGAAAAUCGUUUCAAGUUUUCACGUUUGUUGGAUUGUAUCGGUUUAUCACAGCCUAGAUGGAAAGAACUGACUGACAUCGAUUCAGCUAAAGCCUUCUGUGAAGAAGUCGGUUACCCAUGUCUCAUUCGACCAAGCUAUGUGUUAUCUGGUGCUGCUAUGAAUGUUGCAAAUGACCAUGAUCAAUUAAUUACGUUCCUAUCUGCUGCAAAAAAUAUUAGUCCAGAACAUCCAGUUGUUAUAAGCCAGUUUAUUUUGGAUGCCAAAGAAAUCGAUGUUGAUGCUGUUGCACAGUCCGGUCGUCUCGUCGCAAUGGCUGUCUCUGAACAUGUGGAAAAUGCGGGUGUCCAUUCAGGUGAUGCAACACUUGUCACACCCCCUCAAGACCUCAACGAAGAAACUCUGAAACUUAUUAAAGAACUAGUUCGAGCCUUAGCAGAUGAACUCGAAGUCUCAGGUCCAUUCAACCUACAACUUCUUGCUAAAGACAAUCGUCUUUUAAUCAUCGAAGCCAACUUAAGAGUCUCUCGUUCAUUUCCGUUUGUAUCUAAAACACUAAAGUAUGAUUUCAUAGCAGCUGCUACACGAGCCAUACUUGGCGCAGCACGAGAUUCCAUAUAUCCCCCAUUUGAUACACACAGUUCAAAAAUGGAAAGAUUGUCUUUAUCUAAGUCUUUUCUCGAACCAUCUGUCAACAUUUUGGAAAAUACUGUCGGAUACGUUGGUGUAAAGGUCCCGGUAUUCUCUUUCGCACGCCUUUUGGGUGCUGAUGUUUUGUUGGGGGUCGAAAUGGUCAGUACUGGUGAAGUAGCAUGUUUUGGUGUUGAUCGCUACGAAGCCUAUCUGCUAGCACAAGCUGCUGCGCUAUGUAAUACAAAUGGACUUCUCCCUAAACCAGGUGAUAAUAUAUUUUUGUCUAUAGGAAGUUAUCGUCAAAAAUUGGAAAUGCUUCCAAGUGUUAAACAGUUACACCGACUUGGGUACAAAUUAUACGGAAGCUGUGGAACUGCUGACUUCUAUCAAACUCAAGGGAUUUCUAUCAUUCCAGUUGAAUGGCCUUACGAAGAAUCAGAUAUGAAUAACUUCGAUAAUAAAAUUCAAAAUCAUAGUGAUGCAAACUCAAAAGAAGGUACAAUUCAACAGUAUCUUAAAGAUAAACUGUUUUCCUUAAUCGUUAGUUUAUCAUUAAAAAAACUGGGAUCUCGUCGUCUUUCUGCCUUUGUCACACGUGGCUAUCAAACUAGACGUCUUGCUGUUGACACAAAUGUGCCACUUCUAACUGAUGUAAAACUGGCUAAACUUCUUAUUGAAGCUCUUUAUCGUUAUUUUCAUGGACAGAGUGCAAAUAGACCACAAAUAAAAUCGGAAGAUAAUGAAUAUAAUGUAUAUAAACAAUCCUUCCUUCAUCGUUUACUUCCAUUGCAUUCAAUUACUUCCAGUCAAAUAAUAUAUUUGCCGGGAUUGAUCGAUAUUCAUGUUCAUACCAGGGAUCCUGGAAUGGAGUACAAGGAGGACUGGACAUCUGUUACUAAAGCUGCUCUUGCUGGUGGGAUUGUAACUAUUUUAGCAAUGCCAAACACUGAUCCUGCAAUAGUUGACGAAGAUAGCUUUAACUUAAUGAGCAGAAAUGCAGCAUCAAAAGCGUGUUGUGAUUAUGGUCUUUUUGUCGGUGCAUCGUCAGAAAAUGUUUUUACUGUUGGUUCUCUAUCCCACAAAGCUAUUGGACUCAAAAUGUAUCUCAAUGAAACAUUUACUUGUUUAUCAUUAAGUAACAAGCUUAAUAUUUGGCGUCAACAUUUUGAAAACUGGCCAAGUAAUCGUCCAGUGUGUUGUCAUGCUGAGGGUGAAACUAUUGCCGCUGUAAUUCUUUUAGCGGAGCUCACUGGACGCAGUGUGCAUAUUUGUCAUGUCGCACGUAGAUCUGAAAUCGAGUUAAUUCGUGAUGCAAAACAACGUGGACUAAAAGUCACGUGUGAAGUUUGUCCACAUCAUUUAUUCUUAACUGCAGAUGAUUUACCUCAAGAAGGUGGUUGGAGUGAAGUGCGCCCACGACUCGGUACAACCGAUGAUGUAAAUGCUCUUUGGGCCAACAUGAACACAAUUGAUUGUUUCGCAACUGAUCAUGCACCACACACUAUCUCUGAAAAAAGUAGGGUAUCAGGAGCACCUCCUGGAUUUCCAGGUUUAGAAACAAUGCUGUCAUUGUUAUUAACAGCUAUGUAUAAUGGCCGUCUUACACUUACUGAACUUAUUGAGCGCUUGUAUAUAAAUCCAUACAAAAUAUUUGGAAUACCAACCGCCCACACAUUAUAUGAAGCUGUAAAUUCAGUUAGUCGAGGGAUAUAUGGCGAAACGUGGGUUGAAGUAGAUAUGAGUGCUGAAUGGCGUAUUCCUGGAGCUGCGUGGGAAAGCAAGUCAGAAGCUGAACCUUCAUUCUUUACUCGGGCUAAUUGGAGCCCUUUUGCUGGCAGACUUGUUCGUGGUCAAGUUCGCCGGGUCAUGCUCCGAGGUCAUCUAGCAUAUGUCGAUGGACGUGUUUUGGUAGAACCUGGUUUCGGUAAAGAUGUGUCAUCAGACAUGUCCUUGUCUAAGAAUUCUUACGAUCCACUAACAGUUGACACUUCUUUGAAGCAUAUCCCUGCCUCAGCUGGUUCUCCCAUUCUAAGAAACCGGUACAAUUCAAUUAAUGAACGUGUUCAGGUAUCUCAAGACGAACCUGAUGCACCUAUCCCAGCCACCACUCAAAGUGAUGAGGGAACUCGUAGUCCACUUGCAAUGUACCAACCCCCUGUAUCUGGUCUGAUUACAACUGCCCAACUACCUCAAACUCACCAAAGCCUUCCAAGUAUAUGGUUAGAAGGUGUAUCAGGAAAGCAUAUACUUUCUUCUGAAGAUUUCUCAAAAGAUCAUCUUCGUCGGUUGUAUAACUUAGCGCAUAGUUUUAGAAUCGCUCUCAACAAAAACAAACCAUUAGAUCAGAUUUGCCGUGGAAAAGUAAUGGGAAAUCUGUUUUUUGAGCCAAGUACACGUACUGCCAAUUCAUUUGCCGUGGCAAUGCAGCGACUAGGUGGCACUGUAGUGCAUUUUGCAGAAUCUACCAGCUCCCAGACAAAAGGUGAAACCAUAUUAGAUACCGUGCGAGUAUUGGCCGGUUAUUGUGAUUGUUUAGUAAUUAGGCAUCCUGGAAAAGGUGCUAUACGAGCUGUUGCAAACUCGAUAAUACACCGACCAAUCAUAAAUGCAGGUGAUGGAAUCGGCGAGCAUCCUACUCAAGCACUACUGGAUGUUUUCACAAUCAGAGAGGAAAUCGGAACAGUGAAUGGUUUAACUAUCACUAUGGUUGGAGAUCUCGCCAAUGGACGCACAGUACAUAGUUUGGCUCGAUUAUUAUGCUUAUAUAAGGUCAAACUACGUUAUGUCACUCACAGAGAUGAAUUUAAGAUGCCACCAGAAGUUAAAUCGUAUGUUGCUGAUCGUGGUAUCCCACAAGAAGAAAUGAGUAGCUUAGAGGAGGCGUUACCUGAUACUGAUGUUCUCUACAUGACACGUGUGCAAACAGAAAGGAUGAGUGGUGAUGGAGAUGCUCGGCGUGAUCAAUUCGUUGUUACACCUGAACUUAUGACAUUGGCCAAGCCUAAAGGAAUGAUUGUGAUGCAUCCACUACCUCGCGUUGGAGAAAUCAGUCCCAAAUUUGAUCUCGACCCUCGGGCAGCCUACUUCCGUCAAGCGGAGUAUGGAAUGCAUGUUCGCAUGGCACUACUGGCUAUAGUGCUAGCUAACCAGAAAUGA